AUGGGAAACUGCAUUGAUAGAAAAGAAGCAUCAACAACCACUGUCAAUUGUGAAAACUUAAGGCGUGCAUUAAAUUUAAGUCAUUCCAGAAAAAAAAAUAAAUAUCAAGCUGACUUAAGAAGACUAAGCUAUGAUUUAAGGGGCAAUACAAAAGAAGAAAUGCUCAAAACAAUUGUUCUUAAUCAGCAGAUAUUUAAUGCUAGACUCAACAGCAAUAAGCAAUCUCUCACAAGAACAAGUACAUUAGAGGAGUCUUAG